AUGGCGGUGAACAAGGGCCUGACCUUGCUGGAUGGAGACCUCCCGGAGCAAGAGAACGCGCUACAGCGGGUGCUGCAGCUGCCGGUGGUGAGCGGCACGUGCCAGUGCUUCCAGAAGACCUACGCCAGCACCAAGGAAGCCCACCCCCUGGUGGCGUCCGUGUGCAAUGCCUACGAGAAGGGCGUGCAGGGUGCCAGCAGCCUGGCUGCCUGGAGUAUGGAGCCAGUGGUCCGCAGGCUGUCCACCCAGUUCACGGCUGCCAAUGAGCUGGCCUGCCGAGGCCUGGACCACCUGGAGGAGAGGAUCCCCGCCCUCCAGUACCCUCCGGAAAAGAUCGCAUCUGAGCUGAAGGACAGCAUCUCCACACGCCUCCGCAGCGCCAGGAACAGCAUCAGCGUGCCCAUCGCCAGCACUUCAGACAAGGUCCUGGGAGCCGCGCUGGCUGGCUGCGAGCUCGCCUGGGGGGUGGCCCGAGACACGGCCGAGUACGCUGCCAGCACCCGGGCUGGCCGCCUGGCCUCUGGCGGGGCCGACUUGGCCUUGGGUGGCAUUGAGAAGGUGGUGGAAUACCUCCUGCCACAGGCCAAGGAAGAGACAGCUGCUGCUCCCGGACACCAGCAAGGCCAGAAGCCUCCCAAGGCCAAGCCGAGCCUGGCGAGCAGGGUGGGGGCCCUGGCCAACACGCUCUCUCGACAAGGCAUGCAGACCACUGCCUGGGCGCUGAAGCAGGGCCAUGCCCUGGCCAUGUGGAUCCCGGGUGUGGCGCCCCUGAGCAGCCUGGCCCAGUGGGGCGCGACGGCGGCCAUGCAGGUGGUGUCCCGGAGGCGGAGCGAGGUCCGCGUGCCCUGGCUGCACCAUCUCGCUGCGGCCCAGGAGGAGCAGCACGCCAACCAGACAGACACAGAGGGAGAGGAGACAGAGGAGGAGUCGGAAUCGGAGAUGGAGGAGUACAAACUCAGAGAGGUAGUAGCCCUGCCCAGCCGGCAAGGCCUCCUGGGCAGCGUGGCGCACACCCUGCAGAAAACCCUGUACGGCACCAUCUCGGCUGUGACGUGGGCACCCAGGGCCGUGCUGGGCACGGCAGGGAGGAUGCUGCACCUCACGCCCGCCCACGCUGCCUCCUCCACCAAGGGCAGGGCCAUGUCCCUCUCGGACGCUCUGAAGGGCGUUACUGACAAUGUGGUGGACACUGUGGUUCACUAUGUGCCGCUCCCCAGGUUGUCGCUGAUGGAGCCCGAAAGCGAGUUCCGCGACAUCGACAACCCGCCGGCCGAGCCGGAGCGCAAGGGGUCGGCAGCGCCUCCCGCCAGCCCGGAGCCCGCGCCGCGCCCCGCGCCGCCCCGCGGCGGCCUGCGCAGCGCGCGGGGCCCGGGGCUGGACGACAAGGCGGAGACGCUCGCCCCGCCGCGCUCGGGCUUCCUGGCCGCGCCGCGCGAGAAGCCCACGCGCAGGGUCAGCGACAGCUUCUUCCGGCCCAGCGUCCUGGAGCCCAUCCUGGGCCGCGCGCAGUACAGCCAGCUGCGCAAGAAGAGCUGA